UAUUUGUAGUCGUCCCCUUCCCUCGACCUCCGGCAGAUCUGGCCACUCCCACCCGCCCAGUCUCCUAAACCCUUCCUCCUCUCCCCCACUCCGGCCGGCGCCGUCCGCCGCACCAGCCAUGGCCUGGGGGCUCCCACCCUUGGCCGUCCUCCUACUACUCGCCGUGAUCGUAGCCCCACUAUCCUCCGCCGUUCGCCCGGUCUCCGACGCGCACAGAUCCGCUGCCGCCGAGCUCUUCGCCGCCCUCCCCGACGGAUCCCUCGGCGAUUUGGAGACGACGUACGAGGCGGUCAGCACGUUCAAGAUACUGGGGGUGCAGAAGGACAGGAGCCUUGACGGCAAAGCCUGCAAGCUCGCCUCCGACACGCUGUCUUCCUCCUCCUCAUCCGCGAAGGAUCUGUUCCACGCGGCCCGGAUCAGCAGCGUCCUCGGAUGCAGCAUUGGCGCCGGCGUUUACGAUGAUGUUGCGUCGAGGCUUAAGGCAGUGAUCAAGGACACCAAUUCACUCCUCGAAUUCUACUAUUCCGUGGGAGGGCUGCUCAGCCUCAAGGAACAAGGUCACAGCGUUGUUUUGUCUGACGCAGACAGCGUAUUUCAUGCAAUUAAGGCACUUAGCCAAAGUGAUGGCAGAUGGCGUUAUGACACCAACAGUGCUGAAUCUAGCACAUUCGCUGCCGGUAUCGCACUAGAAGCAUUGGCAGGAGUUGUUUCACUAUCCGAUGCUGAGGUUGAUCCAUCCAUGAUCGGAGUCGUUAAAAAUGACAUCGUGAAGCUAUUUGGCACAAUCAAAAGCUAUGAUGAUGGAACCUUCUACUUUGAUGAGAAGAAUGUUGAUGCUUCCGAAUACAAGGGCCCCAUAACAACUUCUGCUUCAGUAGUACGGGGUUUCACUUCAUUCGCAAAUGCUGUUUCUGGGAAAUUGAAUAUCCCCAGUGAGAAAAUACUGGGCUUGGCGAAGUUCUUUCUUGGUAUAGGGCUCCCAGGUAGUGCAAAGGAUUGCUUUAAUCAGAUCAAGUCCCUGUCACUCCUGGAGAACAAUAGGGUCUUUGUUCCUUUGAUCCUUUCACUUCCUUCCAAAGUACUGUCCUUGACCUCCAAAGAUCAGCUGAAGGUUGAAGUCACUACAGUGUUUGGAUCUGCUGCACCUCCUCUCAGAGUAAAUCUUGUGCAAGUCUUGGGAUCUGACUCCAAGGUUAUCACCACUGACAAGGAACUUCAGUUUGACGUUGACAACAAUGUUCAUUACUUGGACAUUGAUCCAUUGAAAAUAGAUGUUGGGAAGUACUCGCUAGUUUUUGAGAUUUCUCUCCAGGAUCCAGAACAUGAAACUGUUUACACUACUGGAGGGAGAAACACCGAAACUGUCAUUGUCACGGGACUGAUCAAAGUUGACAAGGCAGAAAUCGGAAUAGCUGAGAACGAUGCUGGGACUUCCGAGUCUGUUGAAAAGUUAGAUCUACUGAAAGAUACACAAAUCUCUCUCUCUGCGAACCAUCUGCAGAAGUUACGUUUAUCUUUUCAACUAGCUACACCACUUGGGCGCACAUUUAAACCUCACCAGGUGUUCUUGAAGUUGAAGCAUGAAAGUGGAGUUGAACACUUAUUUGUGGUGCCGGGUUCUGCAAGGCAAUUCAAAAUCGUUCUAGAUUUUCUUGGUUUGGUGGAGAAAUUUUACUACCUUUCUGGUAGAUAUGACCUUGAGCUUUCAGUUGGUGAUGCUUCAAUGGAGAAUUCAUUCCUACGAGCCCUUGGCCAUCUGGAGUUGGACUUGCCAGAGCCCUCAGAAAAGGCCCCACGUCCUCCUGCACAAGCUGUUGAUCCGUUGGCAAAGUUUGCGCCACAGAAGGAGAUAUCACACAUUUUCCGUGUACCAGAGAAGAGGCCGCCUAAGGAAGUCUCACUAGCAUUCACUGGUCUCACACUUUUGCCUUUUAUUGGGUUCUUGAUUGGGCUUAUGCGUCUGGGAGUCAACUUGAAGAACUUCCCAUCCCUGCCAGGACCAGCUGCAUUCGCAUCACUUUUCCAUGCUGGAAUUGGAGCAGUUCUGCUGCUCUAUGUUCUCUUCUGGGUUAAGCUGGAUCUUUUCACAACUCUGAAGUACCUCGGCUUCCUCUCAGUCUUCCUUGUGUUUGUUGGCCAUAGGGCCCUAUCUUACCUUUCAUCGACAUCGACGAAACAAAAGACUGCUUGAGGGGAAGAUGCAAACAGAAGUUUUGGAUCCUCAAUUUUCGAGCAGUUGCGGUUGCUUGGGUCCUGUCCUGAACAGAAGUUUUUCUUGAGCAACUUGAGUGUCUAGGGACAACUGAACCGGGUUCCAUUUUGUAGUGAAUUCUAAGAAUCUUGGAACUAGAAAAGUUAGUAGGACCUCACCUUCAUGUAUGAUGCACUGAUGUUUACUAAAUAGACUUGAUUUUUCAAAGAUAGAA